AUUUAUUUAUACCUUGGACUCGUGGCUGUUUUCUCGGGAGCAUUCUAAUCUUAUUUGUACAGAUAUAUAUAUAGAUAUAGAUAUAGAUAUCUAUAUAUAUAUAGAUUGAUAUUGAUUGUGUGCCAUGGAAGUGAGAUGCCGCCCCGCCGUGGUGUGUUUCCUGGUCGCCGCGCUCUCCUCCGCGGGCUCCCGGGCUCCGGAGUCCUCGGACGUGGAACGGCAGUACCUGAACGAGUGGGCGGUGGAGAUCCCGGGAGGGCUGGCGGUUGCGCAGGCGAUCGCCAAGGAGCUGGACUACAACCUGGUCCGACAGAUCGGGGCCCUGGAGGACCACUUCUUGUUCAAGGACCGCAGCCAUCCUAGCAGGAUGAAGCGGAGCGCGGGCCACAUCACGCGGCGGCUGUCGGAGGACGACCGGGUGCUGUGGGCGGAGCAGCAGUACGAGAAGCGGCGCAACAAGCGAGCGGCGCUCGCCGGCUGCCGGGACUGCCCGGUGGACAAGCUGUUCGACGACCCCAUGUGGAACCAGCAGUGGUACCUGCAGGACACGCGGACGUCGUCCUCGCUGCCGAAGCUCGACCUGCACGUGAUCCCCGUGUGGCAGAAGGGCAUCACGGGGAGGGGCGUGGUCAUCACCGUGCUGGACGACGGGCUGGAGUGGAACCACACGGACAUCUACUCCAACUACGACGCGGCCGCCAGCUUCGACUUCAACGACAACGACCCCGACCCGUUCCCCAGAUACGACUCCACCAACGAGAACAAACACGGGACCCGGUGCGCCGGGGAGAUCGCGAUGCAGGCGGACAACAAUAAGUGUGGCGUCGGCGUGGCGUUCAACUCCAAGGUCGGAGGGAUCCGCAUGCUGGACGGCAUCGUGACGGACGCCAUCGAGGCGAGCUCCAUCGGCUUCAACCCCGACCACGUGGACAUCUACAGCGCCAGCUGGGGGCCCAACGACGACGGCAAGACGGUGGAGGGCCCGGGCCGCCUGGCCCAGAAGGCCUUCGAGUACGGCAUCCAGAAGGGCCGCGGCGGUAAGGGCUCCAUCUUCGUGUGGGCGUCGGGUAACGGCGGCCGUCAGGGCGACAACUGCGACUGCGACGGCUACACCGACAGCAUCUUCACGGUGUCCAUCAGCAGCGCCUCGCAGCAGGGCCUCUCGCCCUGGUACGCCGAGAAGUGCUCCUCCACCCUCGCCACGGCGUACAGCAGCGGGGACUACACCGACCAGAGGAUCACGAGUGCCGACCUGCACAACGAGUGCACUCAGACUCACACGGGGACCUCGGCCUCCGCCCCGCUGGCUGCUGGGAUAUUCGCUCUGGCGCUGGAACAGAACCCCGACCUCACCUGGAGGGACCUGCAGCACAUCGUGGUCUGGACCUCGGAGUUCGACCCCCUGGCCAACAACCCGGGCUGGAAGAGGAACGGCGCCGGCCUGAUGGUCAACAGCCGCUUCGGCUUCGGCCUCCUCAACGCCAAAGCGCUGGUGGACCUGGCGGAGCCGUCCACGUGGAAGCACGCGCCCGAGAAGAAGCAGUGCAUCGUCAGGGACGACUCCUUCCAGCCCCGGGCGCUGAAAGCAGCCGGCGCCAUCACCAUCGACAUUCCCACCAAGGCGUGCGCGGGCCAGGAGAACGCCGUGCGCUCCCUGGAGCACGUGCAGGUGGAGGCGAGCAUCGAGUACACCCGGAGAGGAGACCUGCACAUCACACUCACCUCCCCGGCCGGCACCAGCACGGUGCUGCUGGCUGAGCGCGAGAGGGACACGUCCUCCAACGGCUUCAGGAACUGGGACUUCAUGUCCGUCCACACGUGGGGAGAAGACCCCUCCGGCACGUGGACCAUAAAGAUCACCGACACCUCGGGCCGCAUGCAGAACGAGGGUCGCAUCCUGAGCUGGAAGCUGAUCCUUCACGGCACGUCGGAGAAGCCGGAGCACAUGACGAAGCCCCGGGUGUACGUUCCCUACAACGCCGUGCAGAACGACCGGCGGGGGGUGGAGCGCAUGGACGACAUGACGGAGGAGCCCACUCAGGCCGACGCUCCUCCCCAGACUGACUCUGACCCGGCCUCCCACCCAGAGAAGGAGCCCAAGACGCCCUCAAACGCCCCCUUCUCCCCCUCGCUGGCCCUGCUGCGCCUCCUGCAGACGGCCUUCAACAGGCAGACGCCCUCCUCCUCCUCCUCCUCCUCCUGGAGGAAGCAGCAGCAGCAGGCGGGCCGGAGCUUCCCUCCUCCCGCCACGCGCCUCCCCCCCCAGAUGCUGUACCAGGCCCUGGACGCGAUCAACAGGUUCAGAGGACCCGAGGACAACGUCUACAGCGACUACAGCGACGGCUUCUACCGGGAGAAGCCCUACAGGCACCGGGACGACCGGCUGCUGCAGGCCCUGUUCGAGAUGAUCGAUGGGGACCACAAGUGAAGGAGAGGAGAGGAGGAGGAGGAGAGGAGAGGAAGAGGCUGCAGGCCCUGUUCGAGAUGAUCGAUGGGGACCACAAGUGAAGGAGAGGAGAGGAGGAGGAGGAGAGGAGAGGAAGAGGCUGCAGGCCCUGUUCGAGAUGAUCGAUGGGGACCACAAGUGAAGGAGAUGAGAGGAGGAGGAGGAGAGGAGAGGAGAGGAGGAGAGGAAGAGUCUGCAGGCCCUGUUCGAGAUGAUCGAUGGGGACCACAAGUGAAGGAGAGGAGAGGAGGAGGAGGAGAGGAGAGGAGUGGAAGAGGCUGCAGGCCCUGUUCGAGAUGAUCGAUGGGGACCACAA